AUGUCGGAUGAGGCCACGCCGGCUGCGAGUACCCGUCUGGCUACCUAUAGCAGCUCGGGGAGAUCACGAUCCAAGGACACCAGAUCCAUCUUUCAAUCAAUCUUUCACAAAUUCGUAAAGACCGGCAAGCGGUUUGGCUUCGUGCCGAACAGCAAGUCCUUCAACAUCAAAUCAUUACUGAACUUUUCGACGGCAGACUCCACUUGGCCCCGGUCGUCAAGCCCAGAACGGCCCUCGAUGUUGGUACCGGGCCAGGAUUAUGGGCUUUGGAAUACGGCAAGUUCCUUUCGAACGUUUGACGCGGUUGACACUAAUCUUGGUUUCUUUGCUUUCUCUUUAGCCAAGAACAAUCCAAACUGCGCCGUCAUGGGUAUUGAUAUCGAAAAAGUACGCCCGCCGUACUCAGUUCCCAACUGCCAGUUCAAGUUGAUGGACGUCACGGCCGACUGGACGAUCGACAAGCAUUUCGACUACAUCCAUGUCCGCAUGCUCGGUGAUAUCGUGGACAAGGAGAAGCUCAUCCAGUCCAUCUACGACCACCUGAACCCUGGGGGCUGGGUCGAGUUUAGCGAGUGGAUCGCCAUCCUUCACUCCCCGAACCAUUCCCUGGACGGCAGCGCGACCCAGAAAUGGAACGCCCUCCUCGAUCAGGGUCUCCGGAACAUGGGACGCAAUAUCGGAUACGUCAAUGAAUAUCCGUCACUGUUGGAGAAGGCCGGCUUUGAGAGACUGAAACUGACCAAGCAUGCCGCACCCACGAACGCGUGCUAUCCGGGCAAGAAGUGCCAGAGGUUCGGCGCCAUGAUGGCGAACAACUGGAAUGCCAUCAUUGAGCCUCUCACCAUUCCCAUCUUCACCAUUGGCCUCGGCUGGCCAGAGAGUGAGGUCCACGUGCUGGUGAAGAAAGUCCGCAAGGAGAUUCCAGACCCCCACUACCAUUCAUUCAUGACAAUGAUGACCGUGUACUGCCGAAAGCCACGCCUCGGCGCUUCGUCGUCCGCCUCGCUGGCAAGCUCAUCGAGAUCGGCGCAAGCGUCGGCGUCACAAGCGUCUUUCUCCAAUUUCAGUUCACAGAGUUAG